CCACAGCCACCCUGGGUAACAGCAGCCCAUAUAGAAGUGCGUCGCCAAGUCGUUGUCAGUCUGUAUUGAUUCUGCUUCCAAAUCUACAUUAUCUAAGAGCAGAUUAGCAUAUUCUUGACUCACACUUCUGCAAUUAUGAAGUCUCUCAUCUUUUUAACUUUGAUGAUUCUGCUGGGUUUGACUCACGGAGUUGAACAUUGGAAUGUUCGUGAACGUAGAGCAGCUCAACAACAAAAUUAUCAACAGCCUCAACAAAACUACAGACCUUAUUCUCAAGCUCCAGCUAACAUCAAGCAAUUGUUACAACUCCAACAAGCUCGUGAACCUUUAGUUCAUCUUCCACCACAACCACCACCAAAUCUAGGACCAGCUAAUCCAGCUCAACCUGUCCAAGUGUCUCAAGGACAAGCUGGUGGAUACCAACCUCAAGUUCAAUUUGGUCAAGCUCCACAGCAACCUAAUUACAAAAAUCAAGCUGCUGCUUUUGCAGCUCAAUACAGACCACAAAAUCAGCAACAACAACAACAAUAUCAGGGAUAAGUAAAUAGAGAUUCAUUUGAAUAUUAAAUUAAAUUCAAUGAUUGAAUUAAUUGUUUUUACUUCUAUCACUUAGAAGAUUAACUUCUGUUUCUUAUUUUGCCAAUUAUUAUUCAUAGUUACAAGUUUUCUCACUAAUCUACUCAUGUUCAUCUUUUCAUUUUAUUUUCUGUGAUUGUAUUGCAUAUGUCAUUACUGUAAAGCUUUUCAUAACA